UAAAUUUAGCUGCUACUAAAAGUAUAUUGGUUUUUUCUCUAAUGUUUUAGAAGCAAGCAGGGUGGCAAAAAGUGGAGUACACCAACAUCGGAAACCCCCCCCGGAAUCUGCCGAAUGGUUUGGCCCGGUUGCCUUGGAGACCGAGAGCAACACCAGCGGGAAGGCAGACGCCGGAGGCGAUGGCCAGGCUGGCCCAGCUGCAGCAGCGGGCCGCCCUCCUAGCGCAUCAGUUCUACUUCCGAAACAGUGUUGUGGAUGCAUUUAGAAAAAAAGAAAAUGAUGCAGCAGUUACAAUCCAGAGCUGGUAUCGAGGAUGUAAAGUUCGGACGUAUAUCAGGUAUUUACACAGAGUUGCAACAGUUAUUCAGAAAUGGUGGAGAAGUUACUUAGGAAAGAAAUGUUAUCAACGCAAGAUAAAGUUAGCAUAUCAUGAUAUGAAGAUGAAUAUCUACAAUGCAAUGGCUGUCAGGAUUCAGAAGCAAUGGCGAGGCUAUAAGAUUCGGAAAUACUGCUUCAAUUAUUAUUGUUUUAAGGCAUAUCUGAGGGCCAUAUCUGAGACCAAUGAUGCAGUUAGGGAGGCCCUGGAUGAGUUUGCAGAGAUGAAGGAGAGAGAAGAGAAGAAGGCCGACCUGGAGAGGGAGGAGAGGAAGAGAGAUUACGAAGCCAGAAAGAUGCAUUACCUCCUCAGCACAAAGCAGAUCCCAGGCGUAUACAACUCGCCCUUCAGAAUUAAUCCCGACCCGUGGGAACUGCGGCUGCAGAACGCAAAGCCUUUAACGCCUCCACGGCCCAAAGCCAGGCGGAAGCGAGUCCACCACCUGGAGAGCUGGCUGGCCUGCACCAGCACCCGGUCCUUCCCUCGCACCCACAUCCUGCCGCCCAUCAACCGGAAGCAGUGCCAGGGGCCCUUCCGUGACAUCAGUGAAGUACUGGCGCAGCGCUACAAGCCUUUGGAACCAACGUUGCGGGUGGCAGAACCCAUCACUACGUUAAAAGAGGCCAGAAAUGAAUUCAGAAAAUGGGACUCGGCAAAAAAUGUUCAAGAGAACAUAUUUUUGCCAUUCUCUUCCUACCAUAAGAAUAGAAAGUACAUUCCAUCAAUGCAUUUAUCAAGCAAGUAUGGUUCCGGUCACCGUUUCAGAGAUGAAAAUCCUGCCAAGUGGAUUGGUGGCAAGGAUUUCCAAACUAUAUUACCAUCAUUCGGUCUCUUCUCCAGUUAUGGAAAGUUAUAUUCAAAAGCUGGACAUAUUUUAUAAAGACAAUAAAAGAAGACAAAAUGUAAACAUGAGGUUCAGGUGUGAAGUGAUUGUGGAGUAGAAGACGUCACUGCCUGGCUGAGUCACCUGGACACAUUGUGUCAGCCUUUGAAGUCUCUCUCUCUCUCUCUCUCUCUCUCUCUCUCUCUCUCUCUCUCUCUCUCUCUCUCCCUUUCUCUCUUCCUCCCCCCUCCCUCCCUCCCUCCCUCUUUCUCAUUUGUUCAAAGAAGAAAUGGGAACCCUCUAGGUCAUUCAAAAACUCUCCAGUUCUAAAAGGAACAUACACAUGAGGAUCCUACAGAAACCACAACAUAAACCACGCUUCUUAUGAUUCAAUAAACUAUAGUAUUUUAUAGAUGA